AUGCUGAAACUACGUAACAACAACAACAACGACGAUGAGGAUGAGGAGCAUAAAAAAAUAUUUCAAGAGGGUGAACAAUUUUGUGUGCAAGUGUAUGUGUUAAUGAAAUUUAAUGUGCAACAACGACGACAACAACAGCAACAAAAAGUUGCUGUUAAUUUGCAUGAACAUUUUCUGGGCCAUAUGUGGCAAGGCAGUGAUGUGUCUCUUCCAGUUCACAACAGUCUCACACCAUCCUCACCGUCAGCAACCUUUUUCAAUACACCCGCCACACUUCUAUUCACCACCUAUCACGAUAUCCAGGUGGCGAAUAUUACCAAACCCACCGGUGCACCACAAGUCGAUGUCUUGGUCAAAGAUUUAACCGAAACAAUGGCCAUCGAUUUUUUCUAUGCCAAAAAUUUGGUAUGCUGGACCGAUUGUGGCCGCGAAACGAUCGAAUGUGUCAAUACAAAUACAACGGGCCCCAUAUUGAAGGCUCCCAAACAAACUGUGAUAUCAACGGGACUGGAUAAACCUGAAGGCUUGGCCAUUGAUUGGUUUACGGAUAAAAUCUAUUGGACUGAUGGUGAAAAGAAUCGCAUCGAAGUGGCAACACUGAAUGGAAAAUAUCAAAAGGUUCUGUUUUGGACAGAUCUCGAUCAACCGCGUGCCAUAGCCCUGGUGCCGAGUAAGAAAUUUCUCAUUUGGACCGAUUGGGGUGAAUAUCCGAAAAUCGAGCGAGCCAGUAUGGAUGGUGAUCCGACAUCGCGUAUGACCCUGGUCAAGGAUAAUAUCUUUUGGCCCAACGGGGUAACUGUGGAUUUGAAAAAUGAUUUGAUAUAUUGGGCCGAUGGUCAUUUGAAAUUUAUCGAUGUCAUGAAAUUGGAUGGCAGUAAUCGGAGGACGGUGGUCAACAACCUGAAGUACCCCUAUAGCAUAACCUUCUUCGACAAUCGUUUGUAUUGGACAGAUUGGUCUCAGGGGUCUUUGAAUGUGUACGAUUUGAUUUCAUGGGAAAUGAAGGAACUAAUUGACACGCCUGAGGCCCCGAACUCGGUUAGGACAUGGCAUCCUUCACUGCAGCCGUAUGAAGACAACCCUUGUGCCCAUAAUAAUGGCAACUGCAGCCAUUUGUGCCUGCUCAGUACCAAUGCCCAGGGUUAUAGCUGUGCCUGUCCGACGGGUGUGAAACUGAUAUCCCACAACACCUGUGCCAAUGGUUCCCAGGAAAUGUUGUUCAUUGUCCAGCGAGGGCAAAUUUCCAAGAUCUCCUUGGACUCACCGGAUUUUACAAUUUUUCCCCUGCCCCUGGGUAAGGUGAAAUAUGCCAUUGCCAUAGAUUAUGAUCCGGUGGAUGAGUAUAUUUAUUGGUCUGAUGUGGAGGCCUAUACCAUAAAGCGAGCUCAUCCUGAUGGUACGGGUAUCUCGGAUUUUGUUACCUCCGAGGUGAGGCAUGCAGAUGGGUUGGCUGUGGAUUGGUUGGCAAGGAAUCUCUAUUGGACUGAUACGGUAACCGAUCGUAUUGAGGUAUGUCGAUUGGAUGGUUCUGCCCGCAAGGUAUUGAUUUAUGAGUACCUCGAAGAACCCAGGGCAAUUGCAUUGGCUCCCACUUUAGGGUGGAUGUUUUGGAGCGAUUGGAAUGAAAAGAAACCGAAAGUGGAGAGGGCCUCUCUCGAUGGUUCUGAGCGGGUGGUGUUAGUAUCCGACAAUCUCGUGUGGCCUAAUGGCAUUGCCCUGGAUAUUGAGGCCAAAACGAUUUAUUGGUGUGAUGGUAAAACGGAUAAAAUUGAGGUGGCCAAUAUGGAUGGCUCCGAUCGCCGAGUGGUUAUCAGUGAUAAUUUAAAACAUUUAUUUGGCCUCAGCCUCCUCGAUGAUUAUUUGUAUUGGACCGAUUGGCAAAGGAGAUCCAUUGAUAGGGCCCAUAAAAUCACAGGGAAUAAUCGUAUCGUCGUGGUGGAUCAAUAUCCUGACCUCAUGGGGUUGAAGGUAACACGCCUGCGAGAGGUGAAGGGCACCAAUGCCUGUGCCGUGAGGAAUGGUGGCUGUUCCCACCUUUGCCUGAAUCGUCCCAGUGAUUAUGUCUGUCGUUGUUCCAUUGAAUAUGAAUUGGCGAAUGAUAAGAAGACCUGUGUGAUACCCGAGGCGUAUUUACUAUUCUCGAAGCAGGAAUAUAUCGGACGGAUUUCCAUUGAGAAUAAUGAGGGGAACCAUAAUGAUGAGAAAAUACCCUUCAAGGAUGUUCGCUAUGCCCACUCCUUGGAUGUUGAUGUGGCCGAUAAACGGAUCUAUUGGACGGAUCAGAAAUCGAAAUGUAUUUAUCGAGCCUUUCUCAACGGGUCCUAUGUCCAAAGGAUUGUCGAUGCGGGUAUAAUACGCCCGGAAGGUAUUGCGGUGGACUGGUUGGCCCACAACAUCUUCUGGACAGAUUCGGAGGCGAGACGCAUAGAAGUGGCACGUCUAGAUGGCAGCAGUCGAAGAGUAUUGCUGUGGAAAGGUGUGGAGGAACCGCGCUCCUUGGUGUUGGAACCCCGUAAAGGGUAUAUGUAUUGGACAGAAUCUCCCUCAGAUUCUAUACGGCGGGCAGCCAUGGAUGGUUCGGAAUUACAGACAAUUAUUUCAGGGGCCAAUCAUGCCACCGGUUUGACACUGGACUCAGAGACUCGCCGUCUCUAUUGGGCCACACAAUCAAGGCCCACCAAAAUUGAAUCAGCCGAUUGGGAUGGUAAAAAGCGACAAGUCCUCGUCAGCACGGAUAUUGAUGAACCUUAUGCGGUCUCCCUCUAUCAAGACUAUGUCUACUGGAGUGAUUGGAACACGGGAGAUAUAGAGCGAGUGCACAAAAUCACUGGGCAAAAUCGAAGUCUCAUACACAGUGGUAUGACCUACAUAAGUUCCUUGGUGGUGUUCUAUGGUCAGCGGCAAUCGGGCUCGAAUCCCUGUAUGUUUAAUAAUGGUGGUUGUUCGCAUCUAUGUUUACCUCUACCGGGUAGGCGAGGUAUGACAUGUGCCUGUCCCACCCAUUACACCCUGGCCAAGGAUGAGGCCUCAUGUAUUCCACCCAAAAAUUAUAUUAUCUUUAGUCAACGUAAUAGUUUUGGACGUCUCAUGCCGAAUACCACAGAUUGUCCGAAUGUUCCGCUGCCAGUGACGGGGAAAAAUAUUCGCGCUGUGGAAUAUGAUCCCAUCACACAUUUUGUUUAUUGGGUGGAAGGCCGUAGCCACAGCAUUAAAAGGGCCUUGGUAAAUGGCACCCGAGCCUCGGUGCUGGUGGGUUCUGGUUCUCAACCCUUUGACAUUGCCAUUGAUGUUAUUGGCCGUUUACUUUUCUGGACCUGUUCUCAUUCCAACAGUAUUAAUGUAACGAGCUUUACCGGAGAUGCCAUUGGCGUAAUUGAUACCGGUGAUUCGGAGAAGCCCCGCAACAUCGCCGUUCACUCUAUGAGACGUUUGUUGUUCUGGACAGAUGUUGGCAGUCAACAGGCCAUUAUUAGGGCCAGAGUAGAUGGCGCCGAACGUGUGGUAUUGGCUUUUAAACUGGAGGGUGUUACAGCCCUGGCUGUGGAUCAACAGACGGAUAUGAUUUAUUAUGCUCAUGGCAAGCGGAUUGAUUCCAUGGAUAUUAAUGGGAAAAAUAAAAAAAUCUUAGUUUCCACUCACAUAAGUCAGGUGAUUUCCAUUGCUGCCCUGCAGGGUUUUGUCUAUUGGCUGGAUGACAAAACGGGAGUUGAGAGAAUCACCAUUAACGGUGAUGGCCGGCGAGCGGAAAUGCAGCGAAUGCCCCAAAUCACAGAUAUUGUGGCGGUGUGGACUCCUGAAUCGAAGUUGUUUAGAAAUCACACUUGCCUACAUGCCCGCACGAAGUGCUCACACAUUUGCAUAGCCUCCUCGGAGGGUCGAAGUCGGGAGAUAUGUUCCUGUCCGAAGAAUUUAAUGUUACUCGAAGAUGAACAAAGUUGUGGUGCCUUGCCGGCAUGUGGCCCCGAUCAUUUCACCUGUGCUGCACCUGUGGCGGGAGGUAGUGGAGCCAACACUGAUAUGAAUAAAGAUUGUAUACCCGCUUCGUGGCGUUGUGAUGGACAAAAUGAUUGUCCUGAUAAAUCGGAUGAGGUCGGCUGUCCCUCAUGUCGGCCGGAUCAGUUUAGUUGCCAGUCUGGGGAAUGUAUUGACAAGGCCUUGGUUUGUGAUGGCACCACCAAUUGUGCCAAUGGCCACGAUGAGGCUGAUUGUUGUAAGCGGCCUGGAGAGUUUCAGUGUCCCAUUAAUAAGCUCUGCAUUUCAGCGGCCUUGUUGUGUGAUGGCUGGGAACAAUGUGCCGAUGGUGCAGAUGAAUCUGCUGAUAUUUGUUCUCAAGCCAAUACCCGGCGCAUGGCCCCCUCUUCGGAUAAAAAGGCUUUUAUGAUACUGAUUGUGGCCACCAUGAUUACCAUCUUCUCCAUUGUUUAUCUUUUGCAAUUUUGCCGUACCCGGAUUGGUAAAAAUCGCAAUGAACCCAAAGAUGAUCAGGCCUCAGAUCCAUUAUCCCCAUCAACAUUGAGUAAAUCCCAAAGGGUUUCGAAAAUUGCCUCUGUGGCCGAUGCUGUACGCAUGUCCACAUUGAAUUCAAGGACAAGUAUGAAUUCUUAUGAUCGCAAUCAUAUCACCGGGGCCUCAAGUUCCACCACAAAUGGUUCCAGCAUGGUUGCCUAUCCCAUUAAUCCACCACCAUCACCGGCCACCAGAUCUCGUCGACCAUAUCGCCAUUAUAAAAUCAUCAAUCAACCACCACCCCCUACACCCUGUUCCACAGACAUUUGCGAUGAAUCGGACUCAAAUUAUACCAGUAAAUCGAAUAGUAAUAAUAGUAAUGGUAAUACCAAAUUAUCCUCAUCCUCGGCAAAUGCCAACUCUUGUCAAUAUGGUUAUGAUAGUGAACCAUAUCCUCCGCCGCCCACACCACGCUCCCACUAUCACAGUGAUGUACGGAUAUUGCCCGAAUCGUCAUGUCCACCCUCGCCUAGUUCACGUUCCUCAACAUAUUUUUCACCGCUGCCACCACCACCCUCACCGGUACAGUCACCGAGUAGGGGGUUCACGUAACAUUUCGAAAUUUUUAUGUAAUUUUUUCC